GGCGAUUUCAUCUCACAUUCCGCAUCGGCACAUCGCCCCUAGCUGGUUGCUGCUAUCCUCUGCUUGUACUCUAGCUUUCUUCUUUCUUCUGCUGUACUACUAUACAACAUCUGAACCACCCACGUCACUCUCUACGUCCCUGAUACUGCUUACGGUGCAAUGUAUGUUGCUCGAUCUGCCACCCGGGCAGCGCCCGCUGUCUUCAGGGCAGGCAUGAGGACCGCUGGACGACCUUAUCACCGCCCCAUGCCCAAGAAUGUGUCUGCCAUCGCCAUUUUGCUCCCACACCGAAGCUUCCAGACUGAAACAUCGCAAACAAGCACACAAGGAGGCAACUACCCUCCGCCAGGCUUCAACCCCAACCAAGCGAGCAAACCAACCCCCAAGAAGGAGCAGGAAGCCAUCCAACAGAAGAUCGCUACACCUCUCGAGAAAGACACCAUCGUUCCCAAGACCGGGCCUACCGCCAACCCCAAGACCGUCGCUCAGGAUGCGCAAACUAUGACCGAACUCGCUUCCGAGAAGGCAAAUGCGGAGACCGAUGCUGAGAAGAAGGCGGUUGCAAAGAAGGAGGAGAGCAAGAAGAAGCUCACAAUCUGGGAGAAAGUGAAGCACGAAGCGACGCACUACUGGGACGGCACCAAGCUGCUUGGUUUUGAGAUCAAGAUCAGCACAAAGCUCGCCCUGAAGAUGGCUGCAGGCUAUGAGCUCACAAGGCGUGAACGACGACAGCUGCAACGUACCGUGCAGGAUCUGGGGCGGCUGAUCCCUUUCUUGCCCUUCGUUAUCGUUCCCUUCGCCGAGCUGUUGCUCCCCGUUGCCCUGAAGCUGUUCCCCAAUAUGCUUCCCAGCACAUACGAGGGCCAGUCCUCGAAAGAUGCUAAGGCCAAGCGUCUGCGGUCGACAAGAAAGGAAGUCAGCGAGUUUCUGCGCUCAACGCUGAAGGAGACUGGACUGCCCAUCUCUGCAGAGAACGCGCAGAGGGCAGAGUUUGCCGAGUUCUUCCGCAAGGUCCGAACUACUGGCGAGAAGCCUACCCCAGAGGAAAUUGUCAAGGUCUGUAAGAUCUUCAAGGACGACCUGACCCUCGACAACUUGUCCCGACCACAGCUUGUUUCUAUCUGCCGCUACAUGAACAUCACCUCCUUUGGUACCGACAACUUUCUGCGCUACCAGGUCCGUGUCCGCAUGAGGCAGAUCAAGCGUGACGACAGGGCAAUCGCAUACGAAGGUGUUGACUCGCUUUCUGUUCCGGAACUCCAGACUGCCUGCGCAAGCCGUGGUCUCCGCACAUACGGUGUUUCUCCUGGCCGUCUCCGGGACGACCUCCAGACCUGGCUCGACCUUCGUCUCAAGCACGGUGUUCCCUCUACCAUUCUUGUCCUUUCGAACGCUUUCGUCUAUGUCCAGGGUAAGGAGGCAGAUGCCACAUCGCAAAUCGACGCACUCGAGGCUGUUCUGUCCAGUAUUCCCGAGGAGCUGUAUCACGAGAUCGAGCUCGAGGUCAGCACCACCGAGGGCGCGGCCACCAACAAGCAGCGUCUGGAAGUCCUCAAGGAGCAACAAGAGCUUAUCGAAGAGGAGAAUGAGCAGACACAAUCCCAUGAAGACAAGGUCAACGCUUCGCCCAAGGACCACGAGGACAUCGAUGAGGACGACAAGCCAAAGAAGGUCGAGGCAAAGGCUGCAGCAGAGGAGAGCAAUGAGGCUGAAGCCAGCAGUGGCGAUUCAAACGCCACCGAGGGGAGUGCCGAGCGCGCAGAGCAGGACGAGCGCGCAAGGAAGGACGAGAUGCCAGCAGGCAAGGAGGAGAAGGCUGCUGAGACACCGAAGAAGGAGUAGAGAAACCAUGACUUCCUUUCUCUACUAUGUGUGAUUAGAACAAACUCCAUUCAAAAAGUCUUUCAGGACUUGGAUAUGGAUAUAGAAAAUACCCAUUAAUCCGCCUUAAGCGGAACGCAUAGACUGUACAUAUACACACUACAACAAACACAAAUCCUCAAACAUGAUAGCAUAUUGCUAAGGGUAUCAUAGCGCCGUAGCAAUCAAUGCACAACACC